CACAGACAAAACAUACUGGUGGUGGAAGGAGCUAAGAAGGCAAAAGAAAACCCUCGGUAACAGAAGAGAGAUCAAAAUCAAACAGGUAAAAUUUAAAAGGAAUGGGCGAAGAGAACAGCAAGGAAAUCGUACCUCCAAAGUACGAUGUUAACGCUAAAUGGGAUGCGUGUAUCGAUCUCACCGUCCGUCGAUUCGUUUACUCUUCCCUCGCCGGAGCUUUCAGUGGUCUCCUUUUCUUCCGGAGUCCGGUGACACGCUGGGCAUCUGUGGCUUUUGGUGCUGGAGUGGGCAUUGGAUCUGCUUACACAGACUGUUCUCGUCUUUUUGAUGGGUCUCCUGCAAAAUUGGCAUCUCCUAAGCUUUCUGAUACUCCAGUUCCUCAGGAUGGACAGGAAUAAAUUGAUAUUUUGAAGUUAAACCUUGUGUUGAUUGCUUUUGGAAUCACAUUUUUUCUUCAGUUGAGAAUGUUGUUGGUUCGUUCCGGUGAACAACCGUUGAAUAUGUAGUGCAAACAUUGUUUUUUAUAAAACCAGUUAAUCUGAUGUACUGCAAAACUUCUUCAGUACUGUUACCAA